UUGUAAUCAGGGACUGCAGUUAAUCCACAGGAUGAGAGAGAAAACGAUUCUGUAUCUCCUGGUCGGCUCUGCUAAUGCCUCUGAAUGAGGAGCGUUACUGGCACCCUGCUCCGUGACUCCCAUAGGGUGCUGUGCUUUGUGACUCCCAUAGGGUGCUGUGCAUUCAGUAUCAGGAGCGGUGGCAACAGGCAAACGGGGAGUUUGACAGCAGCAACACAGGACCCGCCCCAUGCGCCUACAUUUCUGUUCCUUCUUUGUACGACUCCCAAUUUGUGAUCUAAGGAAUGAAAAUCGUAUUUAACUUAUGGGGUGCCAAGUGCAGAGAAGCAGCGGAGCUUUAGUUGGGAGCCCUGGACCCUACGCAGAACAAAAGAAAGACAACACAAUGAGCUGAGACGUGUCCUGUAGGCUCCGUACAAACUUUGGCUGGUUACAGAGUCGAGGGGAGAUUCCCGCACCCCCAGGUUGAUGUUGAGGUCCAGUUUAGCCCAACUGCUGCACACGAUGAAGAAGCAGAACAUAAGGACCCUGUCGCUCAUUCUCUGCAUGUUCUCCUAUCUGCUGGUGGGAGCCGCUGUGUUCGACGCGCUCGAGUCUGAGUCCGAGAUCUUCAGGAAGCGGAUUCUGGAGGAGAAGAGGACGGACCUGAAAAAUAAAUACGGUUUCACCGACGAGGACUAUCGAGAGAUCGAGCGAGUGGUUCUGCAGUCGGAACCUCACCGCGCAGGCAAGCAGUGGAAAUUCGCCGGAUCGUUUUACUUUGCAAUCACAGUCAUUACCACUAUAGGUUAUGGCCAUGCUGCUCCGGGGACUGAUGCAGGGAAAGUGUUCUGCAUGUUCUAUGCGGUGCUCGGGAUUCCUCUUACCUUGGUCAUGUUCCAGAGUUUGGGAGAGCGGAUGAACACCUUUGUCAGGUUCCUCUUAAAAAAACUGAAGAGAUGUGUCCACAUGAGAAAAACGGAGGUGUCGAUGGAAAACAUGGUCAUGGUUGGUUUUCUGUCUUGCAUCGGAACGCUGGGCAUCGGGGCAGCGGCUUUCUCGUACUUUGAAGGUUGGACCUUCUUCCACUCCUAUUACUACUGCUUCAUCACUCUCACCACCAUAGGUUUUGGUGACUUCGUAGCCCUGCAGAAAAACGAAGCCUUGCAGAAGAAACCGCCCUACGUGGCAUUUAGUUUUAUGUACAUACUGGUGGGUUUGACUGUCAUCGGAGCUUUCCUGAACUUGGUUGUCCUCCGUUUUUUGACCAUGAAUUCUGAAGAUGAACGACGUGAUGCGGAGGAGAGAGCUUCUUUAAGGAGAGCUCAGAAUAACAUCCACUUGCAGUCCAGUCUGAUAAGCAGAAGCCGGAGCUCCAUUUUCCUUCCACUGGGGGACAUGACAAGCCAGAUUAACCUUAUUCCUAUCGUGCAGGAAGACUCAGACAGGUAUCAGCCCCGAGCUUCCAACCCACCCUCAAGAGCUGGUUCCUUCUGCACCUGUAUGUGUUACAGGUCUCAUUUCUGCAACAGCCCAGCAAUAUCUCACCAUGAGACUCUCCUCUGUCACACAAACCCUGUGUACUAUAACUCCAUAUCUUUCAAAAUAGAUGAAAUUUCACUCAGCACCAGGGACAACACUGGUUUCUCCUCUCCGGCAAGCACCUUCUCCCCGGGCAGUCAACGCUACCAGAAGAACAGCAGAGUGAGGCGAAAAUCCAUUUAACAAAUUAGCACCGGACCCACUGACUUUGUGGCAGAUGUAGUAGAUGACCCUGGUUUAUCAUGUAAAAAGAGGAGACAUUUGGGGGUCAAUGGUUCUGGAAAUGUGGGUGCAACAUAGACUAAUUAGCAAUGCAAGUGAAAUGGGAAUAAAAGAUCAUGCCAUACUUUUGUUUGUGUAUAAGAGCUGCUAAAAUACAUCACAUCUGUACAAAGAGAACAAAUGGCUCCAGAAGAAGUAAUCCUGAUAUUUUUGGGGGGUUACACAUAUAUGAGGUGUAUGUGAGCACAAGAAGACUGAAUAUCUCCUAGAGGAUUCAUCCUGAUAUUUUUUGGGUUUCACAUUUAUAUAUGAGGUGCGUGUGAGUACAAGGAGACUGAAUGGCUUCUGGAGGUUUCAUACUGAUGUUUUUGGGGUUACACAUACAUGAGGUGCGUGUGAGUACAAGGAGACUGAAUGGCUUCUGGAGGAUUAAUCUUGAUAUUUUUGGGUUUACACAUACAUGAUAUGCGUGUGAGUACAAGGAGACUGAAUGGCUCCUGGAGGUUUCAUACUGAUGUUUUUGGGGUUACACAUACAUGAGGUGCGUGUGAGUACAAGGAGACUGAAUGGCUCCUGGAGGAUUUUACCUGAUGUUUUUGGGGUUACACAUACAUGAGGUGCAUGUGAGUACAAGGAGACUAAAAGGCUUCUGGAUAUUUCAUACAGAUAUUUUUGGGGUUACACAUACAUGAGGUGCAUGUGAGUACAAGGAGACUGAAUGGCUCCUAGAGGAUUCAUCCUGAUAUUUUUGGGGUUACACAUACAUGAGGUGCGUGUGAGUACAAGGAGACUGAAUGGCUCCUGGAGGAUUUUACCUGAUGUUUUUGGGGUUACACAUACAUGAGGUGCAUGUGAGUACAAGGAGACUAAAAGGCUUCUGCAUAUUUCAUCCUGAUAUUUUUGGGGUUACACAUACAUGAGGUGCAUGUGAGUACAAGGAGACUGAAUGGCUCCUGGAGGUUUCAUACUGAUGUUUUUGGGGUUACACAUACAUGAGGUGCAUGUGAGUACAAGGAGACUAAAAGGCUUCUGCAUAUUUCAUCCUGAUAUUUUUGGGGUUACACAUACAUGAGGUGCGUGUGCGUACAAGGAGACUUAAUGGCUCCUGGAGGAUUUAACCUGAUAUUUUUGGGGUUACACAUACAUGAGGUGCGUGUGAGUACAAGGAGACUGAAUGGCUCCUGGAGGAUUCAUCCUGAUAUUUUUGGGGUUACACAAAAAGGUAGUAGCUGCCAGGAAAGGCUUAUUAUAGACAGUUAGAUCAUUUGUUUUAUCUCCUCAUGUGUGAGGACAGAUUACAUCACACGCGAGUCUGCUUAAUAAAACCAUGUUCCCAGGCGCCAGGUCCCUUGUAUUGUUUGUGUCUAUAGUGAUAUACAUAGAGCCAGACUACAGCCCAAAAAUAUAGGAAGAAAUUUGCUCACUGCAAUCUUCUUUUAGUUAAUUAUAAAUGAUGACUGCCAUCUAGUGUAUGAAACUGGGUAAUGCACGUGACUGAGAAGUCAGAGCUGUAUUUUGUGAUAGAAUCCAACCCGCCCCUCGGAAUAUCAAUGCAAUAAACAGGUCUAUCCAAGAGGGAUACUCACUUGGUGGAAUUCUCCUCCUCAGCCGCCAUUUACCCCAAACAGAAAAGAAAGGCAAAGGUAAGUUUAAUCAUACAGGGUACGUACACCUACUU